AUGGACGCACUCCGCUCACCACCGUCGUCCGCUUCCUCGUUCACCUUCCCCUCGUCUCCGGCACACGCGUCGACCUCGUCCCCCUCCUCGUCCAGCAAACUCGCAGCCGCGUUCGACUACCCAGUCCGACAAGACUCGCUCGCACACGCGCACCGCUCACACAACCCCUCGACCUCGACUUCGACCGCUUCCUCGUCCUCCUCGUCGCGCGGUAGAGGGCACGCCGACGCGUUCGACGAGGGCCCGGACUGCGAGGACGAGGACGAGGGACGCGAGUACUCGGAUGCUGGGAGCGUCCUCGACGAGUUGUACGACGAACUCGCCGCGUUCCACCCGCUCGCCGGAAAGGACAACGAGGCUUCUCCUCCCCGCGGAUACGGACGAACCGACUCGACCGCCCUCCUGCGCGAACGAACGCGCUACCGCUCCUCGGCCUCGUACUCUCCCACCCAAGCCCUCAACCUCCAGCGCAACGUCCUCCCCGGCGGCGCAUUCGGUACCCUCUCCUUCGAACAACGCGACUCUCAACUCUCGCUCCUCGCUUCCAUCGCAGCGAGUCCGUCGACGCCCCUCGACAGGUGUUUCUGCGGAAACGAGGCCGAGGAAGACUCGAUCUACUGCGGGAGGGCUUGUGCGCAGGCUGAUGCGUUGAAUGCGCUUUGUGGAGGUGGGAGCGCAGCGGGGUCGAGUGGAGUCGAAGACGGAGCGGGAGCGGCGAGUAGUUCGUCGUCGUCGAGUGACGGGGCGAGUUUGAGGAGCGGUACGAGCGGAGGAAUGGCAGAGUCGGGCUCGGAGAGCCACUACAGGCGCGUGGAGAGGGAGGCGGAGAGGCGCGCGAAGGAGCGCGAGAGGCAGGCUAGGAGGGAGAAGAAGGCCGGGCGGAAGCUGGGUCGGAGCGAGGCGGCUGCGCGACUGGAGGGACGUGCACAGGCGGAGGAGGAGGAGGAGCGAGAGCGCGUGGUGAGGCCCCCGCCGAGGACGACUUCCCGUCCUCCGUGUACGCGUACGAGCAGCCGAACCGGGACCGGCACGCCUUCGCUCUCGUCCUCCGUCUCGUCUCUCGCUUCAUCCGCCCAACCCUCUCCCAUCUCUCCCUGUUUCCCUUCUACCGCCGCCGCUCCCGAGUCUCCAUUCAUCGUCGAGCCCACCACCUCCUCCUCAGGCGCCUUCGAGCCUCCCCUCCGCCCCUGCACACCCAACCCCCCUUCCUCCGCCCACCUCGCCAACGACAUCUACUCCUCAUACCUGACCGCCACGCCGCUCGCCUCAGACAAACUCCGCACCCCUCGCGGCACGACGGGAACGCCAAGUUCGACGCUCGUUACGCCUCGAGCGACGUUUCCUCGCACACCUGGCGCAGAGGACGACGGGGAGGCGGAAGACGAGUCGCCUACUCAGCGCGGAGGCGGUGGAGGGGCGGAAGGAGUUGGGUUGAGGAUGCUCGAGUUGUGCGCCGACGAGGAGGACGAGGACGAGGUUGAGGAGCGGGAUCAGGUCAGCCCGGACCCGGAUGAAGGAGGUUGGGGCGCGCAAGAGAUGCGCGACAGGAUGUGGGCGCGAUCGGGGUCGGCCAGAUCGUCGGCGUACGGGCACACGAAGGGCAAGUUGAGCUUCGAGGAUGUGGUCGGGAUCUUGGGCGCCUGA